AUGUUUAGUACAUUAUUGCGUGAUUGUCUGGGUGUGUCACUGUGCAAGCCUCUCGCUCCUGUGUCGAAGUUUGCCGAUGGUUGUUCCUCCUUCCUGGGACUGUUUGACUUGCUGCUGCCUCUCUCUCCAGUGUACAACAAGCCAGCAGAAGAGGCCACGCUGGAGUUUCUCUUGACUGACUAUGAUUUGAUCUAUGGGCGUAGGAAGCAGCUGGAGCUAGAGAUCCAGGAAGCUUUCCUGCGCUUUAUGGCCUGCACUCUGAAGGGCUAUCGCUCCUACCUCAUGCCCAUCACACAAGCCCCCUCGGAGACCACCACUGACUCGAGUUCCCUCUUCAACCUGCAGGGGUUCCUGAAAAGCCGGGAUCGUGCAAACCAGAGGUUCUACGCGUUGCUGACCAAGACCCAACUCUUCACCCAGUUCAUCGAGGAGUGCUCCUUCGUCAGCGACCGGCAGUCUAGUCUCGAGUUCUUCGACGGGUGCGUUGAGAAGGAAUACCCUUCCUAUAAGCUGCCACAUCUCAGCAAUUACUGAGAGACUGAAUACUUAGAGUGAUGGCCUUGUGUCUGUAAUAAAGACUUGGGAGGAGGACUGGGAAAGAAGACAAAGAUGAGUGAUCAGGAGGACUUGGAAGAAGCAAAAGGACGUUUCAUUGAAUCUCGGUGCUAUUCAGCUGUGUUCAAUUAUACCCUCCAUCCGUAAAAUUGAUGUUUUUGUUUGUGUCUGUCUUGUUGUGUAUGUAGGGGUUUAAGAAGGAGCUAGCGUUGUAUGUCUACCUGUGGCUAACCCUGGUUUAUUUUUCAUAAAUUGUAGUUUCUUGUUAAGUACCAAAACAUCAGUGUUUUCUGUUGCCCUGAGUCCAUCAGUCGGGAAAUUGGGGGAGUAAUUUAAUAAAACCUUCCCUCAGGUAUCAGCCCUCACUUGGGGGAGCACACCAAUAAAGCCCCACUUUUCCCGGAGUCAUCACAGAAAUUAAAGAUUUCAAAAAAUAUGCAGAAUUCCCCAAUUUGCCUUUCUUUUGGACCUAGGUUGACAGCAAAACCAAAACAGGUUUCCUUUUGGCAGAAACUGCUAAUUGUUCCAAGGUAUUAGACCCUCACUACGGGUAAAUAAUUGUGAACUGUCAGCAAUUAAGUCUACUAAUUGAAACAGUAAUCCACUUACACACUUCCCUUCUAUGUGCACACACACACACUCUCAUUAAUAUACAGACUGUCUCUCGUGGUCAUUUACUCGCGUGUUCUCUCAUGCACUUGGUCUCUCCCUCUCGCUCGCUCUCUUCCACUCUCGCUCUCUAUCUCGCUCGCUCGCU